CAGCAGCUGACGAUUUAAGAUUGGGGGCUCGGCCUGGCUGGUUCUGACCGCCCAAGCUCUCAUCCCUCUUUCGCUGCGUGACUGCAGAAAGCGCGGGAGUCCACCCAAAGUUUGCAAGGGUCAGUCCCUUGAUUUUGAGUCUUUUGCUCUCCGAGAAACAGCAAACCAGGAUUCCGAUACUUUGAAAUCGAGACAACGAACGGACAAAUGCCAUGUCCUUUUCUUGACCCAGCGAUUUUCUUCUUGCCUGCAGAGCAUACGCACCAACCCGGCAUCCCGUCAAGAUGGGCUUGGGCAUCCUCGAGGACAGGGUCCUGGCCCAUGUCCCGGGAACGACCCGAUACUUCGAUGACCCAGAGAGACCACAGUAUGCAGUCGACGGCGUCGAAGGCCUCAAGUGCGACACCAGCGGGCCUGUGCCCAUCAUUCUGGUCCCGCAGCCGUCCGACGACCCCAACGACCCCCUGAACUGGCCGUUAUGGAAGCGCGAUCUCAUCACCUUUAUCCUCUCCCUGGUCGCCAUCCUCGCGACAUGUCUUGGUCCGAUCCUCGCCGCCAACACGCUGACACUGUCCAUCGACUUCGUGGCUAGUUUCACCAUGAUUGCGGAGCUGACUGGAUGGUAUCUCUUGGGUGUGGGCCUUGGGGCUUUCAUCUUUGUCCCUUCAGGCCGUAUCUGGGGCAAGCGCCACCUAUUCGUUGCCGGAACCGCAGUGCUCGUUGUGACUGCAGCGUGGAGCGGGGCGUCGCGCAAAAACUACAGGAGCAUGGUGGUCUCAAGGGUCUUCCAGGGCAUCGCUACGGCUCCAUUUGAGUCGCUCGUCAAUGCGGCUGUGGGAGAUUUGUAUUGCGUCCAUCAACGCGGUAUCCGCAUGGCUUUCACCAACCUGGCCACGUUCGGCGGCGCAUUUUUCACUCCUAUCCUCGUCGGAAAAAUCACCAAUACGCUCGGCUGGUGGUGGACCUUCUACUUUGUCGCCAUCUUCUGCGGCGUCUGUCUGCCGCUUGUCUUUUUCUUCUGCCCUGAGACGGCAUAUCGGCGAGAGACAGGCCUGAAUCUUGACCUGCUGGACACCGAAAACCCAGUCCUUCAUGAAUUGCAGGCCAACGGCUCAGCGCGCCCCGAGCUCGCGGCUGAGGACGUGGAAAAGUCGGGUCACAGCGGCAAUGGUGAGACGUCUAGGACCGGCCUAAACGGAGAAGGCAGCAGCCCGUCAGGAGCGCACCGAGCCACUCACGCCCCGGCAAUGGCCGCUGAGAAGAGCAAGAUACCACCGAAAGCGACAUUUGUCCAGUCGCUGGCGCUCUUCAACGGUCGGAAGACCGACGAGAGCUUCUGGAAGCUGCUCCUGCGGCCCCUGCCCCUUUUCCUGCAGCCUGCCUUUGCCUGGGCGUGCCUCAUCCAGGGUCUCAUGAUCGGCUGGACCGUCUUCAUCGGCGUCAUCCUGGCCCAGUUCUUCCUCUCGACGCCACUGUGGUGGGGCGAGGUCAAGACGGGCUACGCCUACACGUCGGCAUUUAUCGGCGCCAUCCUCGGCUUCGUCGUCGCCGGCCUGCUGUCCGACUGGAGCGCUAAGAAGAUGACCAAGUGGAACGGAGGCGUCUACGAACCCGAGUUCCGCAUCGUGCUCGUCAUUCCGCAAAUGAUCCUGGGCUGCGCCGGCUUGUAUGGCUGGGGCAUUACGGUCGACGGGCUGUUGUACAGCAAGUACCAUUACGCCGUUCCGCUGACCUUUUUCGCCCUGGAAGUGGCCGGCAUGGUCAUCGGCGCUGUGGCGAGCUCCUUGUAUAUUGUGGAUGCUUACCGCGACUUGACCAUCGAGGGCUUCACAUGCAUGAUCAUUUUUAAGAACAUCUUCAGCUUUGCUCUGACUCUGAAGGCCUUUGACUGGCUUAUCACGCAAGGGACCAAGGCUACUCCUCUGUUCAACACCGUCGCCUCAAUCCAGGUGGGCGUCUGCGUGCUUAGCAUUCCCAUGUAUAUUUUUGGCAAGCGGGUUCGCAGCUUCUUCCACCGCCAUGAUUUGCUCGAGAUCUUUAAGGUCCGGUAAACGUAUUGUUGAGACACGCCAUCGCCUGCAUCAUGUUCACUUUGAGGCUACCAUCGCUUGUUUGGAGUUGGAAAGGGCAGUUACAUUGCAUUGAUCCUGAUUUUUGCUUAGCUUGCACAUAUAUAUCUAAUGGCGCCCAGUCAUGGCGGAUAAACCGGGGCGGUAAUGACUUCUGGGAUGAGUUAAUUAGACGUUGGCAUACGACCCAUGUACAUCUGUUUUACUCCU